CGAAUAGCGGCUAGUUUAUAUGCAAAACAUGGAUGGAGAGCCCCUGUGAGCUGAGGACGAGGAAGACGAAGAGGAAUAUAGUUCACCAUGGCCAUGGUCGUCCGAGCAUGCAUGCCGCUCCCUCCUACCACCCCUCCUGCCGCCGCCGCUCAUUCCACCGUCGGCGAAGCUGCUGCUGCAACGAGGAGCGCCCGUGUGCUGCUGCUGGGAGGCACCGGUCGCGUGGGCUGGUCAACGGCCACCGCGCUCUCCAAGCUCCGCCCCGACCUCAACAUCCUCAUCGGAGGCAGGAACCGGGAGAAAGGUAAAUAUUUGGCAUCUAAACUUGGAAAGCGAUCCGAGUUUGUCCAAGCUGAUAUUCAUGAUGCAAGCAUGUUGGAGGAGGCGCUGAAUGGUGUGGAUUUAGUUGUUCAUGCUGCUGGCCCUUUCCAAAGGGAGGACAGGUGCACCGUCUUGGAGGCGGCAAUAUCUACUAAGACACCAUACGUUGAUGUUUGCGACGACGUGGAUUAUUCAUGGAGAGCAAAAGGAUUCCAUGAACAGGCAAAAGCUAGUGGUGUUCCAGCUAUUAUUACCGCUGGCAUAUGUCCUGGAGUGAGCAAUGUGAUGGCUGCUGAGCUUGUGCAUGCUGCAAGAAGCAAAAAAGUUUGCAAACCUGAAAGACUAAGGUUUUCCUACUACAUUGCAGGUUCUGGUGGUGUUGGCCUAACAACGUUGGCGUCAAGUUUUUUGCUUCUUGGGAAGGAUGCCAUUACAUAUAACAAGGGAGAGGAAAUCAAGCUGAAGCCCUACAGUGGAGUUCUGAACAUUGAUUUUGGAAAGGGCGUUGGAAAGAAAGAUGUUUACUUACUGAAUUUGCCUGAAGUGAAGAGUGCUUUUAAGUAUUUAAAUGUGCCCACUGUUAGUGCUCGAUUUGGUUCUGAUCCUAUCUUCUGGAAUUGGGGAAUGCAUUAUUUCGCUAAUUUCUUACCAAUUGAUAUCUUGAGGGACAAAAAUAAUGUUUUGAAGUUAGUUGAGGCCAUCGAUCCCAUUGUUCGAACCAUUGAUGGCAUUGUAGGAGAGUGUGUCUCCAUGAGAGUAGACUUGCAGUAUUCAAAUGGCCAGAAUAUUCUUGGAUUAUUUACUCAUAGAAAGCUAUCCCUAUCGGUCGGUUAUGCAGCAGCUGCAUUUGUUUUAGCGAUUCUUGAGGGCAACACACAGCCAGGCGUCUGGUUUCCGGAAGAGCCAGAGGGAAUAGCGACCGAAGCAAGGAAGUUGCUUCUCGAGCGUGCAACUCAAGGAGCAACCAACUUUGUGAUGAACAAGACUUCGCGGAUGGUGGAAACUGGUCGGAAUUAAAGUUCGCCUAGGAAUUUGUGUGUGAGAAUGUAAUGUGGGCUCAAAUACCUGUCUGUUAACUUAAAUAUGCAAUUUCUGUUACAAGUAUGUUGGAGUAAGUUACAAUCGUCAA